AUGACACAAGGCCGGCCCGUACAUAAUGAACAAGAGGGCGAUGAUACACCACAUGAAGAUAUACAACAAGAAUUAAAUGACACAAGGCCCGUACAGAAUGAGCAAGAGAGCGGUGAUACACCACAUGAAGGUAUACAACAAGAAUUAAAUGACACUAGGCCCGUACAGAAUGAACAAGAGGGCGAUGAUACACCACAUGAAGAUAUACAACAAGAAUUAAAUGACACAAGGCCCGUACAGAAUGAACAAGAGGGCGAUGAUACACCACAUGAAGAUAUACAACAAGAAUUAAAUGACACAAGGCCCGUACAGAAUGAACAAGAGAGCGGUGAUACACCACAUGAAGAUAUACAACAAGAAUUAAAUGACACAAGGCCCGUACAGAAUGAACAAGAGAGCGGUGAUAGACCACAUGAAGAUAUACAACAAGAAUUAAAUGACACAAGGCCCGUACAGAAUGAACAAGAGAGCGGUGAUAGACCACAUGAAGAUAUACAACAAGAAUUAAAUGACACAAGGCCCGUACAGAAUGAACAAGAGAGCGGUGAUACACCACAUGAAGAUAUACAACAAGAAUUAAAUGACACAAGGCCCGUACAGAAUGAACAAGGGAGCAGUGAUACACCACAUGAAGGUAUACAACAAGAAUUAAAUGACACAAGGCCCGUACAGAAUGAACAAGAGGGCGAUGAUACACCACAUGAAGAUAUACAACAAGAAUUAAAUGACACAAGGCCCAUACAGAAUGAACAAGAGGGCGAUGAUACACCACAUGAAGGUAUACAACAAGAAUUAAAUGACACAAGGCCCGUACAGAAUGAACAAGAGAGCGGUGAUACACCACAUGAAGAUAUACAACAAGAAUUAAAUGACACAAGGCCCGUACAGAAUGAACAAGAGAGCGGUGAUACACCACAUGAAGAUAUACAACAAGAAUUAAAUGACACAAGGCCCGUACAGAAUGAACAAGAGAGCGGUGAUACACCACAUGAAGAUAUACAACAAGAAUUAAAUGACACAACACCUGAAAAUAUACAACAAGGGGUAAUAGUAUCCAUUGAUGAAGAAAGUAGUGACGAUAAUAUUCCUCUAUCUCGACUGAAACAUAGGACAACCUUCGUAGAAGAUGAGGAUAUUGAGUCUAUAAUAGAUAGUGAAGAUUCAUACAAAGUAACUAAGGCAGAUAUCAACUCAUCUGAUUCUAACUUAUCAGCACCGUCUUCAGAAGGAAUUUCAAACACAGACUUUGAAUAUGAAACCUUGACUCUUCAUAAAAGACGGAGAAAACUUUCGAAAAAAAGAAACACUAAAGAAAACAAGAUUAAUAGAAAGACAGAAAAGAAAUCCAAAGUUGUACAAUUUAUUUCAAAAAAUAAAACUGCAAAAACAAUCAAUGCAGACAGAAGUACAAAUGGUAAUGUUCAGAACUCACCACUUUCCUGUAAAGAAACUUACACAAGUCUCUCAUCAAUCUUCCAAACAUAG